CGUUGGUUCCCUACUUGAAAGCAACUAAAUUUAUUUUUUAAUUUAAGUUUUUUACUUCUUUCCCCCACACACACAAGACUCACAACUAUGAACUCCUUCUCCGUGUUCUUGGUGUUUGCUUUGGCAGCACUGGUCGUAGCAGAACCUCCAUCGGGUUAUAAUUAUCAGCGCGGUGGUGGUGGUGGCGGCGGCGGCGGUGGUGGUUUCGGUGGCGGUUUCGGUGGUGGCUUGGGAGGCGGCGGUGGCGGCUAUCAAGCUGUUAGCGGUGGCUUCCAAACCAAUGAAGGCCAAAACGUCGAUCCUCAAUUGUUGGAACAAGUGCGUCAAAUCUUAUUGCAAGAAGAAAGUAAAUCUGGCGGCGGCGGCGGUGGUGGUGGUGGCGGCGGUGGUGGCUACCCCAGCAGUCCCUCUGGUUCAUAUGGUGCUCCUUCACCUCAAUACGGUGUACCAUCAUUCGGUGGUGGCGGCGGCGGCCGUGUCGUUGGCAUCGAUUUGGAAGGUGUUCGUCAAGCCAUCCAAGUAGCCCAAUUCGCCCAACAAAGCACACAAGCUGGUGGUGGUGGCGGUGGAAAUUUCGGUGGUUAUCCCAGUGGUCCUCCAUCUGGUUCUUAUGGUGCUCCCUCAAGACCCAGCGGUAGCUACGGUUCGCCAUUCUAAGCUCAACCGUUAGUUAUUUUUUCUUAGCAUAAUGUAGAUUACAUUUCAAAUUCAUCAUAAAACAAUUGCUGCCAAAUAAUUGAAAAGACAAACGCGCGCGCCAAUUUAACAAACGCCUCUGAAAACGGAUACGCUAAAUAACAAAAAAUAAAAAACAACACCAACCACCCAGACAUCAACAUUUAUGGAACCCAACCAUCCAUCCAUCCAUACAUUAACAUGUGAAAGGAUGUUCGUCAAUACAAAAUCUGGAAAAUACAGUUAUUACAACAAGAAAACAUUACGCAACACACCAUUAAAUAACUGGGAAUUUGAUGUUUGUAUUAAUUGUGAAAAAAAAAUUGUGUUGUUUUUUUAUCCAGACCAAUUUGAAAACGAACAAUCACAAUUCUACACGAUUGUGAUUGUAAAGUUUUCUUAAAUUUUUUUCAUUAUUCCGUUUUUCAGCAAAAUAUUGAAACGAAUUUUAAUCUUUAAAUAUUUUCAUUUAGAAUUUCGUUUUAAUGUUUUGCAAAUUUUCAUUUUCAUACCUCAUUCCAAACAGUUCCCAACUCAGUGACUAUCAAGCUAUCAAUUUUUCUUGCUAUCUCUUAAGUCCGCUCUCGCUAACAGUCUAUUUUAUUUUCACAUUUUCCUAGCGGGAGCAUUGUUAUUAUUGUAAAUAGUUUUUCUCUGUUUUAUUAAUGUUAACAACAACAAAAAACUUAUUUUUUUAGUUAUUAAGUGAAUUUUUUUUAUAAAAAUAUGAAACAAACAAACAAAGAAACAACAAAAAAAACAUUAAAAAAUAAUAAAAAAAAUAGUAAAUUUUGUCACCGUUAAAA